AUGAAACUCAAGGGCCUAUUGAUGACUACAUGCGGAUCAUGCAACUCGCCCAACUCCGCGCCACCAACGAAGGCCAGCUUGUCCACUUCGCGACGGCCUCUCCUUCAAGACUCCCCCCCUCAUUCCACUCGGGCCCGUUGUCGCAUCGCUCACUCUCUUCUUCUGCGCGACCAGUUUUGGAACUAGAACUGCCUCUCUGUCCUCCAGGGAACCUGAGAACCCGAACUGCCAUUUGAUCUGAUCUGCUCGAUUGUUGUUGACCACCGUUGCGGAUCCCUCGCGGAUCUUCAUGUGAACGACCCUGUUUGCUUACCAACCAGACCCUGUCUUGGCUAGUUAUAGUUAUCCCAUCCCAUUGUUUUUCCCUGUUUUCCCUCCCCGAGUGUAUACAAUCCCAUCCCUACCUUUACUGCUGUGUUUGUUCCGCCGGAUCCAAGAUGCGCUCCGCGGCCAAAUUCUUCCAUUUGGCAAUAUUUGCCUUGUCGCGGCUUGCCAAUGCCGAGACGGGCCUGCACCAUAACCAGGACAAAUGUGCUAUUGACCCCUCCGCCAUGGUGUCCGACGCCUGCGUCUCUUACGCCACCAUCGACCAACUGAACGACCAAGUCUACACUCUCCUCCAAUCCAUCACGCAAGAAACCGACUUCUUCUCCUACUACCGCCUCAACCUCUUCAACAAAGUCUGCCCCUUCUGGUCCGAUGCGAAUAGCAUGUGCGGGAACAUCGCGUGCUCGGUGAACACAAUCGACUCCGAAGAAGACAUCCCGUUAACGUGGCGCGCGGAGGAGCUGAGUAAACUCGAGGGCCCCAAGGCGGGCCACCCGGGGCGCAAAGCACAGGAGGAGCGGCCCAACCACCGGCCACUCCAGGGCAUGUUGGGAGAGAACGUCGGGGAGAGCUGUGUGUUUGAAUACGACGACGAAUGUGACGAGCGGGAUUACUGUGUCCCCGAGGACGAGGGGGCGAGCAGCAAGGGUGACUAUGUCAGUCUCGUGGACAACCCGGAAAGGUUUACGGGGUACGCUGGCAUGGGAUCCCGCCAGGUCUGGGACUCGAUCUACCGUGAGAACUGCUUUCUCAAGCCGUCCCCGGGACUGUCACCUGCCCCCCCGUUGGGCGGUAUUCAGGCUGUCCAUGACUUCCGCAACGUGCUCCAGCAGGAGUUGAAACGCCCGGACCUACUUGAUCUGGAUAACGAGUGUUUGGAGAAGCGAGUGUUCCAUCGCGUGAUCAGUGGAAUGCACGCCUCUAUCUCCACCCAUCUCUGCUGGGAUUACCUCAACCAGACUACGGGACAGUGGCAUCCCAACCUGCAAUGCUUCAAGGACCGGCUGCACGAUCACCCGGAGCGGAUUUCCAACCUGUACUUCAACUACGCGCUGGUCUCCCGGGCUGUCGCGAAACUGCAGAAGCACCUCCAGGGCUACAACUACUGUACCAGUGACCCCGUGCAAGAUGCUGACACCAGGAGCAAGAUGUCCCAGUUGACCUCGACUUUGACCGAGCGGCAACAGAUCUUCGACGAACACCUGAUGUUCCAGGACCCCAGCGCGAUUGGGCUGAAAGAGGACUUCCGCAACCGCUUCCGCAACGUCAGCCGGCUGAUGGACUGCGUGGGAUGCGAUAAGUGUCGCCUGUGGGGUAAGCUCCAGGUUAACGGAUACGGCACCGCCUUGAAGGUGCUGUUUGAGUACGACGAGACCAAGAACGGCGAAAACCCGUUGCUGCGCCGCACCGAACUGGUGGCGCUGAUCAACACCCUUGGUCGCAUCUCCCAUAGCAUCGCCGCCGUCCGGAGCUUCCACCGCGCCAUGGAUGUGGGCGACGGGGAGGUCUUCACGAUCCCGGCCAGCAUUGCGCCCAAGGAACGCGGGCCCGGCAGCCCGAAGAAAACGCGACGCCUCCUGAAGGACGGCGGGUCGACGUUCUACUACGACGACGAGGACGAGGACAACUUCGUCUAUAUUACUGAAGAGCUCCCGUGGGAACGGGUGCGGAUCCGCCGCGAGACCGACACGGCCUGGGACGACAUGACGGCCGAACUGUCCCUGAUCUGGGACACCUUCGCCUACGUGGUGAAGAGCUGGAUCAACGCGCCCAAGACGAUCUUCGAGAUUAGCGUCCUGGAAAUUUCCCGGGUGUGGAACUACUGGCUGGGACUGCCUGUGCCACCCCGGUCGUGGCGGAUCCAGCUCCCCAAGCGCCCCAGUCCCCCGCGUCACGAAGAGCUGUAAAUGGUGCGGGUGUGAAGUGGCAGGGGUCCUUUGCAUGUAUAGACAGAUAGCUAGCAUUGUCGAGGAUAUUUCUUUUUCCGUUCAGGGUUGGGUCGGCGUUAAGAGAUGCAUCUCGGGAGUUCAUUUGGAUGGCUUGGGCCGCUGUACAUUAUGGGGGGAGCGAUGCGGUGGAGAUUUUUUGAAACAUGAUAUCCCUCUCAAUUGUUAAUUUUUC